CAGCCAAGCAGCGGGAAGCUUCACACCGAUGUGCGCAUUCACAAAUGUGUCUGUGAAUCCAAUAUAUAUCCUUCACCCACUGAGUCCCUCUGCCCUGCCACACCCACAAUCCUCCAUCCAUCCAUCCAUUGCUCAUUCACUCACUCAGUCAUCCCUCUGCUGCUGUCUGUCUGCCCCCCUGCCCCCACCCCCUGCCCGCCACUUGCUCAUGUAGAUGGUGAGCGCGUCGCAGAAGAGCGUCUCCAGAAGCUCCCGCGCCCUCGUGUCGCCGCCCUCAUCCUCAGUCAGACCAGACGCCACACGCACCUUCAGCACAUCCCCGCAGAAACGGGGAACCUGACACACACGUUGGUUGACACACGCCACACAACACGCAACGCAUUGCAGUGAAUGAAGAGUGAAAGUUGUUUGGUUGCAUUGGUUGCUGGCUGUCUCUUGCCUCGUCAGCGGUGUAGGGGAGUGUGUUGUCGAGUCGCUGUGCGCACUGCUCCACCCACUGGUGCACCGCUCGACACGAGUACGGCACGCGCAACGCCGGCAGCGGGCCGGGGUGGGCAGCUUGGGGCGACUUGGGAGGACUGUUCAGCGGGACACACAGUACAUCAACACAGCCACGCAUCCAUCCAUCCACAGCGAUGUGGCCAUCUCCCCCCGUCUGUGUGUGUACCUGAUUGUCUUGGGUUUGGGAGGACUCCCAGUGGUCUUCGCCUUUGCCUUUGCCUUGGCCGCCACCCCUCUGUCCUCCUUUGCUGGCGGCUGUGGCCACUUGGCGCCCCUGACGGCCCCGACAGCCUGCCUGAGUCGCCUCUCCCACAAGUAGAAGGGCACCGGCCCGUCGGGCCCCUCCACAGCCACCACACCCACGCCAUGACGACCCGCCAGCAGAUUGCGCACCAGGCGGUGUGCGGCCGACUCCACGGUUGCUGUGGCGGUGCUCUCGUCUGCUGUGAUUGCUGGGUGGUGGUCUGAUUCGGGCAGGGAGAGCUCUCCGCCGAGGAGGCGCAGCUUCUGGUAGGUGAAGAGGAGGGCGUGGAAUAGGCGGCCGAAGUGCUGCCGGGUGAGCUUCAUCGACUCGCACAACAGGGCGGUGUUGCCCUCUAUCGCUCCAGGCAGCUGACAGGCAAGACACACACUUACCACGUCACGUGAGCAUUUUGGCCGCUUGUCUGUGUGUCUGUCUGUACCUGUGAGAUGUCUAUGGAUUCCCCGUCAUCGCGAUAGAAGUGCAGGAAAUACUUGGUAAUCCGGUAUCGCAGCUCCACACACAGCCGCUGCACCGCCUGCCUCGCCGCAGCAAACUCAUCACCCACCCCCUCUCCCUCUCCCCCCCUGAGAAACAUCCGCGCCUCGACCUCCUGCUCACGCAGCACCUCCCCCGCCAUGAGGGCCUCCCACCGCCGCCGCAUCCCACGCCACGCCAGCCGCAGCCACCGCGCCGCCACACGCCUCUCGCGCAGUGCACGGUCGUAUCGGUCGACCGUCCUGCCGACGAUGGCGCCCAUCUCCUCUGCCGUGACGACACUGCGCGAAGGGGCCUCCAGCCGCUGCUGCUGGACUGGUGGUGGUGGGGGUGCCUUUGGUGACGUUUGUGUGUGUCGUGCGCCCGUGGGUGUGCGAGGGAGGUCUGCGGUAGACGUGUGCUGGGGGCGUGUGGCGGGGAGAGGGGCUGCCGGGGGCGUCGUGGGGCGGGCAGGGGGAGGGGCUGGAGGGGACGGCUCGGUGGUCGCACGCCAGCUGCACACAGGUAGGCGCGGAAAGACAGAGGGUGGGGUGACGGAAAUGGCGUGUCACGUGUUGUGUGCUCUCAUGCUGUCUCACUUUUGGAAUGCUUUGCUCAUGACCAUUUGGCGGCACUGGGAUAGCUCACUCUGACGCGUGCCGAUGAGCGCCAACAGCCGCAUCUGCACACACACAACAGAAUGGGCGGCCAGGGCCUCACCAUCGAUCAACCACAUCCCAACACACCUGUUUGGCGUUUGUUUCCUGCACCAGCCGCUGCAGCUCAUCGUCCUUGGCCUUCAACUGGGCCCUCAACAAAUCCAACUCGGCCUGACGAGCACCGAUGUCGCCCUCUUGCCUGCAAAUCCCAACCCGCCACACAACACACUUGGUGCUUCCUUCCUUCCUCCAGGCAUCCAAGGUUGCGUGUGCGUACGUGUUGAUGGUGGUCUUGACGGUGCUGACACGUGUGUCGGUCUGCACCUCGGGGGCCUUGAUGACGAUGGGCUGCUUCUGCUGGCCGAGAAGCGCCUUGAGCCGCUCUAUCUCGUCAAGCGCACACUUGAGGUCGCACUCCUUGCGACCCAGGGCCUUUUCCAACGCUUCCCUGCACACACACACACGCACACACACACACACACAAAGGUGGUUGCGUGAGUCUGGGGUACUUGCUGUGUAGUCACUUGUCUGUGCGGAGUUCCUCGACUUUGGCUUUGAGCUCGUGUAUCUCCGCCCUCAGCUGCCACUCGAUCGUGAGGCGCUGCUCAAGCUGCUCCUGGUAACUGCGCGACAACUCCUGGUAACGCGCCACCUGUGCUCACACAGACAGACAGAGGGAGGGGCGUAAUGGUGAGAGGGUGCUGUUGGUUGCUGUGGUGGGGUGGCGUACGUCGGUGUGUUUGAUGGCGAUUUCUGCUCUGAGUUCCCUCUCCAUUUGGUCCUUGUCCAUCCUCAGCUGCUGACCACGGCGCUUCUCGCCAUCCAACUCAGCCUCACUGCAGCCCAGACAACACAGGCGGACAGACAAGAGAUGAGCCGCGUGGAUGGUGCGCUUGCUCUCUGUCUGUCUGUCUGUCUGUCUGUGUGUCUGUGUGUGUGCGUGUGGUGACUUACACUUUGGCCUUGUCGGCUUCCGUGCUGCUGAGCUUGUCCUGCAAAGACAGCCGCUGCUGCCUUGACGCCUCCAAAUCCUGCAGACACGUAUCCACUUGAGGCAUGCUCCUCUCCAUUUCUCCUCGAGUGGGUCUCACUCUCACCUACCUUAUUGAGUUGGUUGAUCUGUCUGUGCAGUGCGUCGAUCUCGCUUCGCAGCUUGUCAUACCUGGCCUGCUCCCUAUCCCGCGCCAGGCGCUCGUCGAGGAGCAGCCGGGCCUUCUCCUCCUGCAGCUUGGCGACGGCAUCCUGCUGACCCUUCAGCUGCUCACUCAUGCUAGAACGAAUGCGAUCUGACACCUAACACACACACAUACACAUACACAUACAUACACACAUUCACCUGUGUGUGGUGAGAGUGUGUGUGUGUGGUGGGGGUGCAGGGGGUACCCUGAGAUCUUCCUGCAGGCUAUGGCAUGCGAGGCAGGUGACGUGCAGGUUGGUGUGGAGGUUGUCGGCCAGCGCCGUCCCGCGGACAGCGUGCAGCGCCAAACGGCGGUUCUCGUCACUGAUUGCAGCCAGGCAGUGAGAGAGGGACGGGACCACACAUCACAUCACACCGCAUUCACACACGCGUGUUGAUGUGUUGCCGCCUACGUGAGGAGCUGGUUGUUGGCCUGGGAGAGGCCUUCCUUCGUCUGGGCAGCCUGUCAGUCAAUCAAUGCAUGGUGCGCGUGUGUGUGAUGAUUGAGAGGCAUUCAUGGUGUGCAUGCUUUGUCAGCUGACAGUGAGCUGCUCGAGCAGUUUGGUGUUCUGCAUCUCCAGCUCCUUUACGGCAUACUGACUCGCCAACUCCUGAAUUGAAUGAUGGAUGCAUCACACACCACACCACACAACAAUACACACCAAGUGACACUGAUGGAUGACUGACCUGGUUGUCCAGCAGCCCCGCAUGGUGCCUCACGCCCUCGGCAAAGUGCUGCCGGCUCUGCAGAGCAGACAACACACACAGCGUCACCGGCAGAGCGGCAUGCAUCCAUUGGGAGCCCUUUCUCAUCCCAUCCCCCAAACUCACCCUCUGUAAUGCGUCGGCUUCAUUCCUCCUGUCGUCCUCCAGUUGCUUCCUGGCCUCCUGCUGCAGCCGCUGGAGGUCCUGGUAGGCAUCGUCUCUCGUCCUGAGCGCGUCGAGGAGCGGCACGACCUCUGCGCCCGUCGAGGGUUCGGGGAUGGACGGACGCAGAGACUCGUACUGACUCGAAGGCUCCAUUGCAAGAGCAAAUUGCUCUAAAUCAGUUCGGCAUCGGGAGAGAGAAAGGGCUUUCCACUCGCAGGCAGUGUAGGG